AUGGCUGCCUCAUUACCACACCCAAAGAUUGUCAAGAAGCACACCAAGAAGUUCAAGAGACAUCACUCUGACAGAUACCACCGUGUUGGUGAAUCAUGGAGAAAGCAAAAGGGUAUUGACUCUUGUGUCAGAAGAAGAUUCAGAGGUACCAUUUCUCAACCAAACAUUGGUUACGGUUCCAACAAGAAGACCAAGCACAUGAUGCCAUCUGGCCACAAGGCUUACUUAGUCAAGAACGUUAAGGACUUAGAUGUUUUAUUAUUGCACACCAAGACUUACGCUGCUGAAAUCGCUCACAACAUCUCUGCUAAGAACAGAGUUGAAAUUGUUGCUAAGGCUAAGAAGUUAGGUCUUAAGGUUACCAACCCUAAGGGUAGAGUUGCUUUAGAAGCUUAA